AUGGACCUGAUCCCAAACUUUUCCGUGGAAACAUGGAUUCUCCUGGCUACCAGCCUGGUGCUCCUCUAUCUAUAUGGGACCUAUACUCAUGGACUUUUUAAGAAACUAGGAAUUCCUGGGCCCACACCUCUGCCUUUUUUUGGAACUGUUCUGGGCUACCGUAAGGGCAUUUGGGAGUUUGAUAAGAAAUGUCUGAAAAAGUAUGGAAAAAUGUGGGGGUUUUAUGAUGGUAAACAGCCUGUGUUGGCUAUCACAGACCCAGACAUGAUCAAAACAGUACUAGUGAAAGAAUGUUAUAAUGCCUUCACAAACCGGCGGUCUUUUGGUCCAAUGGGAUUUAUGAAAAAAGCCAUCUCUCUGUCUGAGGAUGAACAAUGGAAGAGAAUACGAAAUUUGCUGUCUCCAACCUUCACCAGUGGAAAGCUCAAGGAGAUGUUCCCCAUCAUUGGCCAGUAUGGAAAUAUGUUGGUGAAGAACCUGAGGAAGGAAGCAGAGAAAGGCAAGCCCGUUACCUUGAAAGACAUCUUGGGGGCCUACAGCAUGGAUGUGAUUACUAGCACAUCAUUUGGAGUGAACAUUGAUUCCCUCAACAACCCACAAGAUCCUUUUGUGGAAAACUGCAAGAAGCUCUUAAGAUUUGAUAUCCUUGAUCCACUCAUUCUCUCAAUAAUGCUUUUUCCAUUUCUUAAUCCAGUUUUUGAAGCAUUAAAUAUCUUUCUGUUUCCAAAAAGUGUUACUGAUUUUUUUGCAAAAUCUGUACAAAGGAUAAAAGAAAGUCGCCUCAAAGAUAAAGAAAAGCGAGUUGAUUUUCUUCAGCUGAUGAUUAACUCCCAGAAUUCCAAAGAACUGGACACCCACAAAGCUCUGUCUGAUCUGGAGCUCAUAGCCCAAUCUAUUAUCUUUAUUUUUGCUGGCUAUGAACCCAUUAGCACUUCUCUUUCCUUCCUUAUAUAUUUUUUGGCCACUCACCCUGAUGUCCAGCAGAAGCUGCAGGAGGAGAUUGAUGCAACUUUCCCCGAUAAGGCACCUGUCACUUAUGAUGCCCUGGUACAGAUGGAGUAUCUUGACAUGGUGUUGAAUGAAUCUCUCAGAUUAUUCCCAAUUGCUGGUAGACUUGAGAGGGUCUGUAAGAAAGAUCUGGAACUCGGUGGGGUGUUCAUUCCCAAAGGGACAGUAGUGAUGGUGCCAACCUUUUCUCUUCACCGAGAACCAGAGUUCUGGCCUGAGCCUGAGGAGUUCCAUCCUGAAAGAUUCAGUAAGGACAACAAGGACAGUAUAAAUCCUUAUAUAUACAUGCCGUUUGGAAGUGGACCCCGAAACUGCAUUGGCAUGAGAUUUGCUGUCGUGAACAUGAAACUUGCUGUUGUCAGACUGCUGCAGAACUUCUCCUUCAAACCUUGCAAAGAAACUCAGAUUCCCCUGAAAUUAGGCACUCAAGGACUCAUUCAACCAGAAAAACCAAUUGUUCUAAAAGUUGAGUCGAGAGCUGGGACUGUGAAUGGAGCCUGA